UGCUGUUGAGCAAAUAUGAAUCACUGUAAGAGCUGCAUGCAAAUGAGGUCUUCUGAAUUCUUCUUCCAGGAGAAUGAAUGCAUGAGAAUUAAAAUUUUAGGAGACUGCUAUUACUGUGUUUCCGGACUCCCUAUAUCUCUCCCUAACCACGCCAAGAACUGUGUGAAAAUGGGAUUGGAUAUGUGUGAAGCCAUAAAGAAAGUGAGGGAUGCUACAGGGGUUGACAUCAACAUGCGUGUAGGAGUGCAUUCUGGGAAUGUCCUGUGUGGGGUGAUUGGUCUCCAGAAGUGGCAAUAUGAUGUGUGGUCUCAUGACGUCACUUUAGCCAACCACAUGGAAGCUGGAGGAGUCCCUGGACGUGUUCACAUUUCUUCAGUCACUCUGGAGCACUUGAACGGGGCUUAUAAAGUGGAGGAAGGAGAUGGUGAAGUAAGAGACCCGUAUUUAAAACAGCACUUGGUGAAAACCUACUUUGUAAUCAACCCCAAGGGAGAGCGACGGAGUCCCCAGCACCUCUUCAGACCUCGCCACACUCUAGAUGGGGCCAAGAUGAGGGCAUCUGUCCGCAUGACACGGUACUUGGAGUCCUGGGGAGCAGCCAAGCCCUUUGCACAUCUGCACCACAGGGACAGCAUGACCACAGAGAACGGGAAGAUUAGCACCACGGAUGUGCCAAUGGGUCAACAUAAUUUUCAAAAUCGCACCUUAAGGACUAAGUCACAGAAAAAGAGAUUUGAAGAAGAAUUGAAUGAAAGGAUGAUCCAGGCAAUUGACGGGAUCAAUGCACAAAAGCAAUGGCUCAAGUCUGAAGACAUUCAAAGAAUCUCCCUGCUUUUCUAUAACAAGAAUAUAGAAAAAGAAUACCGAGCUACUGCACUGCCUGCGUUCAAGUACUACGUGACCUGUGCCUGCCUCAUCUUUCUCUGCAUCUUCAUUGUGCAGAUUCUUGUACUGCCAAAAACAUCCAUCCUCGGCUUCUCCUUUGGAGCUGCGUUUUUCUCCCUCACCUUCAUCCUCUUUGUCUGCUUCGCUGGACAGCUUUUGCAAUGCAGCAAGAAAGCCUCUGCUUCUCUCAUGUGGCUUUUGAAGUCAUCAGGCAUCAUCGCCAACCGCCCAUGGCCACGGAUCUCUCUGACGAUUGUCACCACUGCCAUCAUAUUAAUCAUGGCUGUGUUCAACAUGUUUUUCCUGAGUGACUCUGACGAGACAACCCUUCCGACUGCCAAUACAUCAAAUGCAAACUCCUCUGUCCUGGAAAACCAGGCAGCGAUUCUCCAUGCACGAAAAUUGUUUUUCCUCCCGUACUUCAUCUACAGCUGCAUUCUGGGCUUGAUCUCCUGCUCCGUUUUCCUGAGGGUGAACUACGAGUUAAAAAUGCUGAUCAUGAUGGUAGCACUAGUGGGCUACAACACCAUUCUUCUCCACACCCAUUCCCAUGUCCUGGAUGCAUACAGCCAGGUCCUGUUUCAGAGACCAGGCAUUUGGAAAGACCUGAAGACCAUGGGCUCCGUGUCCCUCUCUAUAUUCUUCAUCACACUGCUCGUUCUGGGUAGACAGAGUGAAUAUUACUGUAGGUUAGACUUCUUGUGGAAGAACAAGUUCAAAAAAGAGCGGGAGGAGAUAGAAACCAUGGAGAACCUAAACCGAGUGCUGCUGGAGAACGUGCUUCCUGCACACGUGGCUGAACACUUCCUGGCCAGGAGCCUGAAAAAUGAGGAGCUGUACCACCAGUCCUAUGACUGUGUCUGCGUCAUGUUCGCCUCCAUCCCGGACUUCAAGGAAUUCUACACGGAAUCAGACGUGAACAAGGAAGGCUUGGAAUGCCUUCGGCUCCUGAAUGAGAUCAUUGCGGACUUUGAUGAUCUGCUUUCCAAGCCUAAGUUCAGUGGUGUUGAAAAAAUCAAGACCAUCGGGAGCACAUACAUGGCAGCCACGGGUCUGAGUGCUGUACCCAGCCAGGAGCACGCCCAGGAGCCUGAGCGUCAGUAUAUGCACAUAGGCACCAUGGUGGAGUUUGCAUACGCCCUAGUUGGGAAGCUGGAUGCCAUCAAUAAACACUCCUUCAACGACUUCAAACUGCGAGUGGGUAUCAAUCAUGGACCCGUAAUAGCCGGUGUCAUAGGAGCUCAGAAGCCACAAUACGACAUCUGGGGCAACACUGUCAACGUUGCCAGCAGGAUGGACAGCACCGGGGUCCUGGACAAAAUACAGGUGACUGAGGAGACAAGCCUCAUCCUGCAGACACUCGGCUACACGUGCACGUGUCGAGGCAUCAUCAAUGUGAAGGGGAAGGGGGACCUGAAGACGUACUUUGUAAAUACGGAGAUGUCAAGGUCCCUUUCUCAGAGCAACCUGGCAUCCUGAGAAGCUAUCCCUUCCUGGCAAGAAGAGCGUCCUUGCCGGAAGGUACCACGCACUUUCUGGCUGCAGCCUUCGUCCCUCGUUUUGAUGUACGUGCCCUGUCCCACCCUCCAGAGCCCCUGCGGACUAGUUCCUGUGACCCAGUGGCACACUGUUUGGUGUCUGCGUGCGCCCGGAUUGGCCUGCCACUCGCACUGUGCAUACUCCUAAGCAAGAGGAGGAGAGAACGUGUCCUAGAAGGAGAGCAUUUAAAGAAGCGAGGAGGAGAGAGGUGAAAUGAACACAAAUUCUUAAGGCAAUAAAACUGGGGGGUGUAUAUUAUCUUCUGGUGCAUGUUCUUCUCUGAAAACUAUGGUAGGCUUGUAACUGCAUCCCUAGUCUGAUAUUCAAACACACAGUAUUUGUGAAUAAGUUGACCCUGUCACCCAACAUGGAGUCUGUGCUCACCCACCCACAUGUCUUGUUGCCAGUGGUCAUCCGUGGGCCAUCACGGCCCUUGUCGCCUUGCCCUGUUGUCUUGUGGCAGCGGCACAUUGCCAUCCAUCACCAGAAUUAGUCCUCACAGCCUAGGACCAGUUUUGUACCAAACUCGUCUGAUGUUUUGAUGCCAUUUGUCUUUUGUAAGGUUAAUUCAUUAAAGUUUUAUGUACUUUG